CGGUUUUAGCAGAAACUCUUAGGCAGUGCUUGUACGGCCAAGUCUGUUGGAACAAUAUGACAAAUGCGUAUAGUGUAAACAACAUACAAGAAAUAACAUCAGUGCAAACGCCGAAACAAGUUAGAGUUGGUCCAUCGUCUCUCCCCGGAGCAAGUCUCGGCGUGUUCUCGACCACGUGGAUCAAAACGGGAACUGAGAUGGGGCCGUUCAUUGGACGAGUUGUCAACAGAGAGAAUAUGGACUGCAGCAGCGAAAACGCUUGGGAGAUCUUUGACGAUCAGGGCAACAUCUUGCUGUACCUUGACGGGGGGACAGAGCAUCCCCGGGCCAGCUGGCUCUCCUAUGUCAACUGUGCCAGGAACGAGCAGGAACAGAACCUCGAGACAUUCCAAGUAGGCAGGAACAUCUUCUACAGAGCCAUCAAGGACAUCCCCCCGCAACAGGAAUUGUUGGUUUGGUACGGAGCGUCCUUCAACUUAUAUAUGGGUAUCCCGUCCCUGGGUCACCCGGUGCCAGAGGUCAAGGACGUGUCACCUGCAGACCCCAAGUCUCAACAUCAGCAUCAGCCGACCCUCCCGAAACAGACGCCCCUCCCUGCCACGAAGCUGAAGUGUGUGUUGUGCAGGCGGGGGUUCAACUCUAGGAGCAACCUCCGCUCGCACAUGCGCAUACACACCAUGGAGAAGCCAUUUGUAUGUCGCUUCUGUGACCGGAGAUUCAGCCAGUCUUCCACACUCAGAAACCACGUCCGCCUACACACAGGAGAAAAGCCGUACAAGUGUACAGUCUGCCAGAGCUCGUACAGUCAGCUUGCCGGCCUGCGCGCGCAUCAGAAGAGCGCGAGACAUCGACCACAAGCCAAUCAGCAACAGUCACACACGUGACAUCUGACAUUCCAUACACGUCUGUAAACAAUAACGAGAAAAAAUAUAUAUUUGAAACAUAUUUUGAAAGUACUUUGGUGCUGAGAACUUGCAUAUCAGAAAUACCGAAGCAUCGACACACAUGUUACAUACAUGUAUACAUACAUAUAUAUAUUUAUACUCAGCUGAGCCACUUGGUUAACAUAGGUAGAAGUAUGUACUAUUUAAAUGUCGACGUGUUCCGUGAAGUCAUAUACUUGUAAGUCAAAAUAUGCAAUAAUAACAUUGUGAUAAAUGCAAUCCCAUGUCAACUGGGGCAGCUUGGCUCAACCAGCCACCAAUGUGAUUGAAGCGAACUGAGUGGCGCUCAAGGGUAUAGGAGUUGUCUCCCUUGAAAUAGAGACUUUGUGCGCGUAAAUGGCAUCGGUCAUAACGACCAAUUUUCCAUGCUUAACAAAGACAGGCAGAGUCGAGUAUGCGGGGUGUCCAUACUAUUUAUUAUUGUUGGUUUUUUUCAAUUUAGUCACCGGUCAUAAGUAAGUUAUUUUUAUUAAUUUACUGAUUAUUCUUUUAAAAUAUUGUUUUAUUUAAUUUUAAUUCCAAAAUAUGACUUUUCUUUCUAAGAAUGUCUUUUUUCAGUAAAAUGAACUAAAUUAUGUCUAUGUCCAUAAAAUAUAAGAUGCAGAAUUGUCAUCACCUAACAGUGCCUUAUAUGACAGUGUUUAGUAUGAUGUUACAUACACCCGUGCAUCAGACACCUUCCUCGAGGACUUUCCACAUUUGGCCAUUGCCGGAACUACUUUCACAGUGUAUAUUUUUUUGU